AUCCCAUCUCAUGCAUGGCUGCCAGUGAUGGUCUACUGGGUGUCAGCUUUUAUUGGCACGACACAAAGCAAGUGCCAAGACGCCCCGCCACACACUGGGCCUGUGGAUAAAAGCAAGCAAAAUGAGUCAGUGGAGGACAGUGUAGUCAUGUUGGGCUGGAACGAGGAAGUGCAGUGGAGAGGGGAGGGACUGAGGGCGCAGCUCCAUGGGGCCGCGGCGCUGCGACCUUCUGCACAUGGAGCCGGGGACAGUUGGAAGAACUUCAUACUGCAAACUCAAGGAAUAGCAGAGUACUUGCACCGCAUGGAGACGGAGGAGGCCCAGGAAAUGGCCCCCAUGCCAGGUCGAGACAGCCCCCCUGCCAACGAUGCAGCCGAGGAGGCAGAGGAGCCCAUGGCCAUCCCUGAGGACCUGUCAGCUGGCUCCGCCCACCAGCAGACCAACAGAGGGGACAAAGCCUGUAACAUUAAAGUUGAGGCUCGCAGUGAUGAGGAGAAUGGGCUGUCCUGUGACAUGAAUGGCGUGGAGGAGGAGGAAGAGUGCGCGGAAGACUUGCGCGUGAUCGAUGCCUCGGGGGCCAAGGUGAACGGCUCGCAGCCGAGUCCCGAAGCCAAGGUCUUCUCGUCGGCCGGCGGCAUCCGUCUGCCCAACGGGAAGCUCAAGUGCGAUAUCUGUGGGAUAGUUUGUAUUGGCCCCAAUGUGUUGAUGGUGCACAAGCGAAGCCACACUGGAGAACGUCCUUUCCAGUGCAGCCAGUGUGGGGCUUCUUUCACCCAGAAAGGCAACCUGCUGCGUCACAUCAAGCUCCACUCCGGAGAGAAACCCUUCAAGUGUCACCUUUGCAGCUACGCCUGUCGCAGGAGGGAUGCACUCACCGGGCACUUACGCACACACUCUGUUGGAAAACCACACAAAUGUGCCUACUGUGGGCGGAGUUACAAGCAGCGCAGCUCACUGGAGGAGCACAAAGAGAGAUGUCACAACUACCUCCAGUGCAUGGGCCUGCAGAACAGCAUCUACACAGUAGUAAAGGAAGAAAGCAGCCAGAAUGAAGAGAGGGAAGACUUAAACCAGACGGGAUCUGACAGAGCCUUGGUGCUAGACAGGCUAGCUAAUAAUGUAGCUAAGCGUAAGAGCACUAUGCCACAGAAGUUUGUGGGUGAGAAGCGACUGGCAGACCUUUCCUACGAUGGCGCAGCAGAGCAGCUGAUUCAGCCCCAUGUCAUCGACCAGGCCAUCAACAGCGCCAUCAGCUACCUGGGAGCAGAGUCUCUCCGCCCAUUGGUCCAGCCCUCGCCGGCUUCCUCGUCUGACGUGGGCCUGGGACCCAUGUACCCGCUGCACAAGUCCGCCCCAGAGGGCCACUCUGGGUCAGGUCACGGCCUGUCAGCCAAGGACAGUGCAGCUGAGAAUCUGCUUCUGCUCUCCAAGUCCAAGUCCUCCAGCGAGAAAGACCGCUCUCCAAGCCAAAGCGGCCAAGACUCCACCGACACGGAGAGCAACAACGGGGAACGAGCGGGCGGGGCGGCGCCCGGCCUCAUCUACCUGACCAACCAUAUCACCUCGGGAUUGCGGAACGGCCCCCUGCCAUUGGUGAAGGAGGAGCAGCAGCGGCAGUAUGAGGCCAUCCGGGCCAGCAUGGAGAUGGCCUCCGAGGGCUUCAAAGUGAUGACGGCAGAUGGAGAGCAGGUGAGGGCGUACAGGUGUGAACAUUGCCGUGUUCUUUUCCUGGACCACGUCAUGUACACCAUUCACAUGGGCUGCCACGGCUUCAGAGACCCCUUUGAGUGCAACCUCUGUGGCCAUCGCAGUCAAGACCGGUACGAGUUCUCCUCUCACAUAACUCGAGGCGAGCAUCGCUACUGAGUACACCCACACACACACACACACACACACACACACACACACACACACACA